GAAGACAUCUGGGCAAGAUGACCACUGCUUGGACUGCUCUGCUGCUCCUGGGCUUGGCUGCCGCAGCCCCCCAGACACAGGUCCUGACCUACGAGCAGGCCGUCGCCUCGGCCAUUGACCUCUACAACCAGCAGAGACCCUCCGAGUUUGCCUUCCGCCUGUUGGAGGCUGAACCCCAGCCGAACUGGGACCCCAACAGCAAAACGGCCCAGGCGCUGAAGUUCUCCAUCAAGGAGACGGUGUGUCCCUCCUCACAAACCCGCAACCUGACCCAGUGCGAUUUCAAAGACGAUGGGCUGGAUAAAGAUUGUUCCGGAAUCUAUUCGGCGCUAGAACAACCCCCGAUUUUUAACGUCCAGUGUGAGGACAUUAAUCAAAAGCUACAACGGAUCACCAGAAUUCGCUGGAGGAGAGUGGCAAGGAUUGCAGGUCGUGUGGCGCUUGCCCUGAUCGGAUAAAGAAACAGACCGAAACAAGUUGGGGGGGGGGUGUAAUAUCCCUUCCACUCCUC